AUUCUGGAACCGCGCCGAUAUCCCCGUUCUCGACCUACCAAGUACUCUUAUCGACUUUUUUUCUUUCUUUCUUCUCCUGCCAGGCGAUGUUGCAAGUCCGUCCGACGUGAGGCUUGCCUGCGAUUAUGGACACCAGAACGACGAUGGGAGACAAUCACCCCGAUGAGCGCAGGGUCCGUGAGCUGUAUCGCUACUUUCAGCCCUCCAACCCGGCCGCGCUCAACGAGGGCUGCGAGAUCUACCCCGACGAUCUGGUCACUGAAGCCACUGCCGCCGCCUCCGUGCUGGUCGACAGCUUGGGGGAUCGUUCCAGUCCCAAUGCCACUCUCACGUCGCUGGCGCAGUUGGCAGCGUUGCGUCUGAAUGCCCAGCGCGCCUUGAUUAGUGUUGUGGACCGUGAAACACAAUAUUUUAUCGCCGAAGCCACCAGGUCGCUCAAUCUCCGCGACCCCUCCAAGUACGAGAACGAGGAAGAUGUCCUCUGGGCUGGAUGUUCCGCCGUCUCCCGGAAAGGCAAGUUGUGCGAGGUGAGUACAGAGGAGCACUCAAUGGAGGAUAGAAGAGGGAUGAAUAAAAUGACAUGCAACCCGCCGUUGCUGAUAGAAGUGCUACUAGACUACUAUCGCAUUGCCCCCCUCAGAUCGCGACCAGUAUUCGUUCUAUAUCGUCAAUGAUCUCAACGAAGACGAUGCAUAUAAAAAAUUGCCACUGCCCGCCCCCUCGUCCCCCUUCCGAUUCUACGCAGGCACGCCAUUGACA